AACAGGUUCGGACAUGGAUUUUAAUUCAGUUUGUAUUCAACGUCCAGCACAGUAUUUAUAUGCUGGUGCAAUAUUGACUUGUCAGAACCGCAUUACAUUCCAGCCAUCCGUCAAAGCUCUGCAUGUUCCCAAACUGUCAGGAUGGAGGACUCCGUUGGAAAUAUUUGUGAAGAAAUGCUGGAGGAACUUGCAGAGAUGGAUUUCAGCCCGAGUCACCUGAGGGACCUGAAUGAGCAGAUGAGAGUGUGGCUAGAGUCAGCACAUGAGAUGACCCUGCUGCGAUCAGAGAACGCUGCCCUCGGGAAGCAAGUGAAAGACUUGGAGCAAAUCAUCAGAGAUGCUCUGCAGGAUGAAACUGAACCCUGCAGGUCAGUGAUGGACGACACUGAUGCCGAGAGAUGGCAUCAAGAAAAGAUCCUGAGACCAAAGCAGGAUUCCAGUGAGCUGAAGGAAGAAAAUAAUACGCUAGUUGAACAGGUCACAAGUCUCGAGGAGCAAAGAGAGCAGGACAAGAUCUCCUUGAAUAAGUUGAAAGUAGCACUAAACACCAUGGAGCUGGAGAUGGUUGAGGCUCGAGUGGAGGUGCAACACAGAGAUGAACUUAUCGAACAGACAAGAUCCCAAUUGAAGCAGGCCGAGGUCACGGUGCAAGAGUGUUACAACGUCAUAGAGGAUCUUCGACAGACAAACCAGCAGCUGAGGCAGCAGUUGGAGGAGAAACAGGAAGAGAUCACCUUAGCUCAUGUACGUCAUGUAACAACAGAGUCCGAGGGGCGUAAAUCCCCCCCGCUGUCAUUUGCAGAGGAAAUUCAGCUUCUCAUUUCUUCAACUCCGAUCCAUCGAGAAAAGGAGCAGACUGAGGUGUGUCCAAAACCUCCUCCUGAAACUGUCCCAGAAUCUCCCCGCAGGUCGCUCAUCCAGGUAACAGGAGUGUACCUGUGCUGUGCUUUUAUCCUCACUGGUUUGGCCUUGGUGAUUGUACUUUUCUGUCUGGGUAUUUCCAACACAUUUGUCAUGAGGUCCCUCUGGACCAGAGCACAUCUUCACUAUCACACUUUACCCCCCAUUUGAUGCCACCUCUUCUCACUGCCAUCAUUUUUUUAGCCAAUGGCCCAGUUCAAUUUAUGUUCUUUUUUUGUUUAAAUGAUAUAUGAAUAAUUUGAUCCAGGUCAGUGAAGUUAGCUCAAGUUGCGAUGAGACCAGGCCAAUGCAUGCACUUUGGUUUUCUUGUUGGAUUUUGAUAAUAACUUGGUUUUCUGGGCUGAAGUAACUCAUUAUUUCAAGUAACUUGUCUAUUUUUUGUUACUUAAUAUUGCAUAUUACUUUCCCAUUCAUUUGUUAAACUACUGUGCCAUUAUCCCAGAGAUGCUUUACUUAUCAGCCGGGUGGAAUUGAGACAGUGUUUGGGUUCCCUUUCUUUAUUGAACAAAAACAACUCAUAGAACUGACAACCAGUAUUGAUGCUAAUAUAUGUAUUUGGCUUCAAUUAAACACUCAGUUAAC